GUUCCGUUUUCCAAUCAGCCAAUCAGGUUGCAGUAUUCAUUAAACGUCGAGUGGAAGCCUUUUAACUGCCACAGCCAUGUCCAUCUGCGACGACACACUUUUAUGCAACUUCCCAAAGUGUCGCACCAAGCUGAGCGGCUUUGCCUGGGUCACAGCGUGCUCACAUGUUUUCUGCGAUCAGCACGGGUCCGGUGAGCUCAAUCGCUCUCCUGCCAUCUGUCCGGCCUGCUCCUCCACGCUGUCCGGUAAGCUGGACAUCGUGAGGACAGAGCUGUCCCCCUCUGAGGAGUACAAAGCCAUGGUACUGGCGGGUCUGCGACCCGACAUAGUACUGGACAUCAGCGCCCGUGCUCUGGCCUUCUGGAGCUAUCAGGUCCAUCAAGAGCGCAUGUAUCAAGAGUACAGCCUGUCACGGGCGGAGGCGCAGCUGAAGCAGAUGGAGAAGAUGUUAAGCCAGCAGAAUCAGAGCAGAGAGCUGGAGCUCACCGCGAUGAGGGGAGAAAUCGCCUCUUUGAAGAAAGUGAUGGAGGAGUACAAGAGGAAGUACAGUGAGGUGUCUGAGAGGCUGAUGGAGAGGAACAGACAGUACCAGAAACUCCAGGGGCUUUAUGACUCUCUGAGGCUGCGCAACAUGGUGGUAGGUGUGGGGGAGAGAGACACACUGAUGCAACCAGGACAUCAGGACUUCAGCUGUGGGGCGCCUCGGCAGGGGUCUCCUCAGAGAAGCCCUCAGUUCUUCUCCUCGGGCCUGGACGGGGACGGCAGAUUCUUCUCCUGCUUGGAGAAUGACGGAGCCAAGACGUUCUUCCAUUUCAGCUCCCCCACCAGAGACAUAAGCCGACCGCUCAUCAGGAAGCACUGAGGCAGCAGCAGUAGCAGCUUUCAGACUGACAGUGUGUCUGAACUACAUUUAUUUAUGUAACAGUGUUCUGUUGUUUACCAUUCACAAGGAGGUUCACCUUGUUGCCCUGGGUUCGUUCUUGGAGCAUUUAUUCAAAUUGUUCAACACUAAUAACAAAAAAUGUAUUUAAAAAAAGACUAAAAUCAAAUAUUAAUAUACCAAA